AUGAAGCCACGAAUAAUUGCAUAUGGAAACAAAUGUUUAUCAGAUUGUGAGAAAAGAUACUGUCAGACAGAGAAAGAGGCAUUGGCUUUAGUUUGGGGAGUUGAACAUUUUCAUAUAUAUUUGUAUGGAUUAGACUUUGAACUCGUUACUGACCAUAAACCUCUAGAAACAAUUUUUGGCUUAAAGUCUAAGCCAUGUGCACGAAUUGAGAGAUGGGUUCUUCGAUUACAGUCAUACAGAUAUAAAAUCAUAUAUAAACCAGGUAAAUCUAACAUUGCUGAUCCACUUUCAAGACUCUGUAUAGUUGAUCCUAUAAUAAAAAAGAAUUUUGAUUCCGAAGAACAUGUUCAUCACAUUGCCAGCAAUAGCGUUCCCAAAGCAUUCACCUUGAAAGAAAUUGACAGGAUUUCAGAAAACGAUCAAGAAAUACUACGCGUUAAGGAAGGAAUGUAUGAACAAAAUUGGAACAAAGAUGUUCUUAAUUUCAAAGUAUUUGAAAAUGAACUCUGUUUUUAUGGGAAUAUACUACUACGGCAAAACAAAAUAGUAAUUCCACAACAGCUUCGUAAAAAAGUAAUUGAAUUUGCUCAUGAAGGACAUCCAGGAAUAGUUGGAACAAAAAGACGGUUGCGAACAAAAGUCUGGUGGCCAAAAAUCGACCAAGAUGCCGAAAAUAUUGUAAGAAACUGCAGAGGUUGUCUCCUUGUUUCAGCGCCAACUGUUCCUGAACCGAUGAAACGACGUACAAUGCCAACAGCUCCAUGGGUAGAUAUUGCAAUAGAUUUAAUGGGACCUCUUCCAAGUGACGAACAUCUAUUUGUCGUCGUAGAUUAUUACAGCCGUUAUAAGGAAAUCGUUACUUUAAAAAAUAUAACUUCAACGUCAAUUAUAAAAUCUCUGAGGAAAAUGUUUUCUAGAUUAGGAUAUCCUCAAACAAUAACUGCAGAUAAUGGUAAACAAUUUUCCAGUAAGGAGUUUAGAGAUUUUUGUGAAGAGUUCAACGUAAAAUUAUAUAACACAAUUCCAUACUGGCCCCAACAAUACGGUGAAGUUGAACGACAAAAUCGGGACAUACUUAAAAGAAUAAAAAUCAGCAAGGCUACAGGCUCCAAUUGGAAAGAAGAUUUAAUAGACUAUUUGCUUAUGUACCACCACACUCCACAUUCUACUACAGGAAAAGCUCCGGCUAAACUUUUCUACGGAAGACUUCUUAAAGAUAAAAUUCCAUCACUAAUUAACCAAGAUCAAGGUUUUAAUCAGGAAUUUACUGAAAAAGAUGCAAUUGAAAAAGAAAAAGGAAAACUGUAUGCUGACAAAAAGCGACGAGCUGCUCAAAGUGAACUUACCAUUGGUGACCAAGUUCUGGUGAAGAAAAUGCGAAAAGAAAACAAGAUAGAUUCCAACUUUGGUGAAAUACCGCAUGAAGUUAUCAAACAGAAGGGAGGAGAUGUUUUAGUUAAGAAUUCAACAACUGGUGAAGUAACAAGACGGAACAUUGUUCAUUUAAAGAAAAUUAAUGGAAAUUGGACAAUUCAAACUAAUAAAUCAAACUCGUUUGAUGAUUCAGCGUAUAAUUGA